AAACCAGCCACGUCGUCGUUGCGCCCCAAGUCCUCCCAAAAAAGCGGUGCGAUGACAACGUGUGUGCUCGGCGAGCCCAAAGGCGAUUUUUGAUUUUUUUUUAAUUUUCAGUCGGCUUACCCAAUGUCUACUUUGUCUUAUUCUAACACAGUCCACGAUGGUAGUAAGCUAACGAAGAAAAAGAAGAAGACAAAUGGAAAUUUUGAUCCACGGAACAAACGGGAAGAAUCUCCAAUGUGGCUCAUGGAGGCGUGUGUCAAUCCAACAACUGCCGGCUCACGAAAAUGGCUAACAGAAUUUCUGCCGAUGGCUGCUCAGCUUCUUCUCGCCGACCGGCCGGCCUACAUAAUUGUUCGAAAUUCGUGGAAUCCCACACCGUUCGACCAUUAUCCAUCGAGACCUGCCACGUCUAUUCUGACGACGAGUGCCGGUAACGACAACAGCAUCUACGUUUCAACGGAUGCAAAGAUCUGGACAAGUCAAGAGAUCCGAGCCACCGUCGAGGACUGUGACUUUGCAUCCGGAAACAUGUGGUUCUACAUCGGAGCUCCACGAAGUUCCGACGAACUUUUCGAAAAUGUAAUCGAUCCACUGUUGCAGUGGAAUCGUGCACCAUCUGGCAGUGGUGAACUUAUUGGGAGUGCCGAAGACGCGUUGGCACUGCUGCAUUGGAAUGCUGCAGGAGAAGUCGCCGUGCUUGGAGCUCGAGAGCUGAAGAAGUUGGCUAGCCGUCUCGGGAUUGUUAUCGAGAAUGAAGACGCGAUGGUUAUCGACUGUCUCGAGGAGGACUUCUCUUCCAAUGCCGCCACCGCCACAUCCUCGGACGAACCAGAGGUGCCACGUAGAAUUCCGAUAUUCGAUAUGUUCUGGGUCGGCAUCGCGUUAAUUAUCCUCCAAUUGUUGUACUUGUUAUCGAAAUUCGACUUUUUCCGGGAAUGGUUCGCCUAAAGAUAAUUGAUAAAUAAAAACUAAAACAGAA